UACAAUAACCCGGCGAAGCAGCCGAGAGCAACCCGCCCGCAGCCCCGCAGCCCCGCAGCCCCGCAGCAGCUCCGAGAGGGAACCAAGAGACCGAAAUCUGCCCGCGGCCCGGACCGACUACGCCACCCUUGCUCCCAGCCGGCAGCCAGAGCCGGCGGACCGACCCGUUCUGCUGCCGCUAAACAGUUUUUGAUUCCGGGUGAUUUUUAUCCCUCUGCGCUUUCUCCCGCUCCCUUCCCCCUCCAGCUCCGGCCUGAUGUCGCAGCACUCGCUCUCCUCCUCUCUCGGGAAGGUCGCGGCCUGUGGCCCGGCGGACAGCCGUGAGGAGAUGAACCCCAGCGCUUCCAGCGACUCCAUGGCCUCUCUCUACGUGGGGGACCUACACCCCGAUGUGACCGAGGCGAUGCUGUACGAGAAGUUCAGCCCGGCCGGGACCAUCCUCUCCAUCCGGAUCUGCAAGGACAUGAUCACCCGCCGCUCCCUGGGCUACGGGUAUGUCAAUUUCCAGCAGCCGGCAGACGCCGAGCGUGCUUUGGACACUAUGAAUUUUGAGGUCAUUAAGGGCAAGCCAGUUCGCAUCAUGUGGUCUCAGCGUGAUCCAUCACUUCGCAAAAGUGGCGUAGGAAACAUAUUCAUUAAAAGAUUGGACAAAUCCAUUGAUAAUAAAGCACUGUAUGAUACUUUUUCUGCUUUUGGGAACAUCCUUUCAUGUAAGGUGGUUUGUGAUGAAAAAGGUUCCAAAGGCUAUGGAUUUGUACACUUUGAGACACAGGAAGCAGCUGAAAAAGCUAUUGAAAAAAUGAAUGGGAUGCGUCUAAACCAACGAAAAGUCUUUGUUGGACAGUUUAAGUCUCGUCAAAAAAGAGAGGCAGAACUCAGAGCUAAGGCAAAAGAGUUCACCAAUGUUUACAUCAAGAAUUUUAGAGAAAACGUGGAUGAAGAUUUUCUUAAGUUUCACUUUGGCAAGUUUGGACCUGCCGUAAGUGUGAAAGUAAUGACUGAUGAAAGUGGAAAAUCCAAAAGAUUUGGAUUUGUAAGCUUUGAAAGGCAUGAAGAUGCACAGAAAGCUGUGAAUGAGAUGAAUGGGAAGUUUUUCUAUGGAAGUCGAAUAUAUGUUAGUCGAGCUCAGAAAAAAGUGGAACGUCAUGCAGAACUUAAGCGCAAAUUUGAACAGAUGAACCAAAAUAAGAGCACCAGAUACCCGGGUGUUAACCUUUACGUGAAAAAUCUUGAUGAUGGUAUUGAUGAUGAAUGUCUCCUGAAAGAGUUUUCUCCAUUUGGUACAAUCACUAGUGCAAAGGUUAUGAAUGCAGGUGGUCGCAGCAGAGGGUUUGGUUUUGUAUGUUUCUCCUCCCCAAGAGAUGCCGCUAAAGCAGUUAUAGAAAUGAAUGGUAGAAUUCUGGCCACCAAGCCAUUGUAUGUAUCUUUCGCAAUGAGCAAAGAAGUGCGCCAGGCUCACCUCACUAACCAGUAUAUGCAGAGAAUGGCAAGUGGAGGAGCUGUGGCCAACCCUGUAAUCAACCCCUACCAGCCAGCGCCUCCUUCAGGUUACUUCAUGGCACCUAUCCCACAGACUCAGAACCGUGCUGCAUACUAUCCUCCUAGCCAAAUUGCUCAACUAAAACCAAGACCUCGCUGGCCUGCUCAGGGUGCCAGACCUCAUCCAUUCCAAAAUAUGCCGGGUGCCAUCCGCCCAGCCACUCCUAGACCACCAUUUAGUACUAUGAGACCAGCUUCUCCACAGGUUCCACAAGUCAUGUCAACACAGAAAAUGGGUCCACCAGCUACUCCUGCUGCUGCUGCUACUGUUGCUGCUACCGCAGCUACUCCUGCUGCAGCAGUUACUUCUGCUGCUGCUACUCCUGCGGUAGCUAUUCCUGCUAUCCGCACCGUUCCACAGUACAAAUACACUGCGGGAGUCCGCAGUCCUCAGCAACAUCUUAAUGCACAGCCACAAGUUACCAUACAACAGCCUGCUGUUCAUGUACAAGGUCUGGAACCUUUGACUGUUUUCAUAUUGGCAUCUGCCCCUCCUCAAGAGCAAAAGCAAAUGUUGGGAGAACGGCUGUUUCCUCUCAUUCAAGCCAUGUACCCUACUCGUGCUGGUAAACUCACUGGCAUGUUGUUGGAGAUUGAUAAUUCACAACUUCUUCAUAUGCUUGAGUGUCCAGGGUCUCUCCGUUCUAAGGUUGAUGAAGCAUUCGCUGUACUGCAAGCCCACGAAGCUAAAAAGGCUGCCAAGAAAGCAGUUAACACUGCCACUGGUGUUCCAACCAUUUAAAAUUGAUCAGGAACCACAAAAAGAAACUCGUGUUUCACUGAAGAAAAAUAUCUAAACAUCAAAAAACAUAAAUAUUAUGGAAAGAAAACAU